AUGUUUGUGAUGUUCUAUUUAAAUAUAUUUUACUUACCAGUAUUGAAACAAGUUGUUGGACAACACAAAAUGUGGAAUGAUGUGAUGUUUUGGUUUUCACAAAUGAUUUUCUACAAUGCCUAUAUUCCGUUGCUUAUAAGGCAGGCAAAUGAUGUACAGGAAAAUCCAGGCUCUACAAAAUUUGAUGUCAUCGAUCCAACAAGAACUAUAUGUGCUGACUAUAGUCAAGGAAAUGAAGCACUCUUUGGUGAAAAUGCUGGUAAGCAAUGUGUAGCAAUGUCACUUACUGCUAUUAUUUAUCAUCACAUAGAAGAUAUCAAUUUGUGGACUUCUACCACUUUGAAUAAUAUUCUUACCAUUGGAAACAAUUUGUAUACUUCUAUAAGAUGUUCUGUCCAGACAAAUGAUUAUUUGCUUUUAACUGAUGUUCCAUGCAUUGUUUCAAUUUUCAGUAAAGUAUACACAUUAGAAUAGUGAGUCAUCAACAGGAAGUUUGUUCAUGACAUCAAAUAAUGGGCCAUACAUGUCUCUUCAAAAUUAUCCGACAGAAGUGUUUUCAAAUUGUCAACAUAACUACAGUUGUUGUUUGUUAACGAUUGGAAUUAAUACUGUUGCAGUGAUUAAGAAUUCACAAUAAAGCUUUAAAAUUUUUUAUGCUCAUUCCAGGGAUUUGCAUGGAAUGCUCCGCUCAUUUGGGAAAUGUACUUUGCUUACCACUGAUGGAAUUGAAAACCUUGUAUCAUAUUUGAAAAUUUCUUGCUUACAAAUAGGGGUUGUUCCUUUUGAAAUUAAAGGUGUCUUUGUCAGAGAUAAUGAACUUGAAUUGCAAAGUGUUCACGAGUCCAAAAAUUGAUCACUUGCCUUUCAGAAAUAAAAGAAACCAAACACAACACAUGAAAAGGAAGCAAAAGUCUUAAACUGAAAUGCUAGAAAAAAAAGAAAAACAAUUGAUUGCUAGACAUGAAUAUGAGAAAUGAAGAAGGGUAAAUGAAAGUGAGGAAUCUAGGGAAAAGAGGCUGGCCCAGCAGCAUCUGAACAGGGAAAAGAAACUUGCGAUUGAAUCUUCUGAAUCAAGAAAAAAAGAGGCUGGCAACCCAAUCUCAGUAUCAAAGACAAAAAAUUGCAAAUGA